AUGUCUGAUAUUAGAAUUAACGAUAAAGCACCUGAAGUUAUUAAUGGAAAAGGAUAUACUUUUGCAUCAGAUAUUUAUAGUAUCGGUAUUCUUAUGUGGGAAAUUUCAUCUGGACAACCUCCAUUUGAUAAUUAA